AUGGGCUCUGUUUCUCUGAAGAUUGGUGAUGGAACAGCCAGAUUCAAAAGAGCAACGCUAUGUUCAUCAGCCGUCAAUCUUCUCAUGCUCUUCUCUGUCAUCACGACUAAUCUCUUCGCUCUCUACGCCUUCACAUCCUCGCCAAAAGACCAACAAACCUACCAUCUCCUUCACCACACCCAGAAGAACAUCUCUCUCAUCUCAGAGCAGGUCUCUCUGAUCCUCAGAGAGAUCGAUUCCUCACAAAAAAAACUAGCUCAGAUGGAAAAGGAGCUCCUUGGCUACGAAAGCAUCGAUCUUUCGAGAUCCAACGUUGCACACGAGCUCAAACUCUUCCUUCAGCAUCACCAGCUCCCUCUAGGCAAAGAUUCGAGAACUGGGAUCACUGAAAUGGUGGCUUCCGUAGGUCAUUCCUGCGAGAAAUCUGCGGACUUGUUGUCUCAGUACAUGAAUUACAAGGUCUCCGGGCCUUGCCCUGACGAUUGGAGUCUUGCCCAGAAGCUGAUUUUGCGUGGAUGUGAGCCCUUGCCCAGAAGGAGGUGCUUUGCCAAGACUCUUCCCAAGGUGGGUCUAAACCCUUUUCCCAUUUCACUUUGGAAACCUGUUAGUGAUAAGAUCGUUACUUGGAGUGGUCUUGGGUGUAAGAGUUUUGAGUGCUUGAAUAGUAAGAAAUUGAGUAGAGACUGUAUUGGCUGCUUUGAUUUGGUUAAUGGGUUUGAGAAUCAGAGAUUUGUUAAGGCUAGAGGCAAGAAUGAUUUCCUGAUUGAUGAUGUUUUAGCUCUAGGAAGUGGAGGAAUCAGAAUAGGGUUUGAUAUUGGAGGUGGGUCUGGUACCUUUGCUGCUAGAAUGGCAGAGAGGAACAUGACUGUGAUCACCAACACUUUGAACAUUGAUGCCCCAUUUAGCGAAUUCAUAGCUGCAAGGGGGCUUUUCCCUCUCUUUUUGAGUUUAGAUCAUAGAUUUCCUUUCUACGAUAAUGUGUUCGAUUUGGUUCAUGCGGCCAGUGGAUUGGAUGUUGGGGGGCAAACCUGA